GCAAAAUAUAUCAAAGUAAUCACACGAUAUUACUUAUUUACUUUUUGUUUUGUAAUAUCUUACCACGUAUUCAAAGUGUUAUCACGCGUCAACUUUUUAUACUGUAUAUUAUAUGGUAUAAAGAGAUAGAGAUAGAAGAAGAAGAAGAAAAAGAAGAAGAAGAGAGAAAGUGUUAAUUGGAAAAAAAGGAGUGUUGAGAUAAUCUCAAAUCAUGGCACCACAUACGAGUUAUGCACCUAUCACCAGUAUGGAAUACGAAGAACCGGUAUCGAGGACCUAUCAAUACCGAAAAAUUACAAAACCAUUGCUGGAGAGGAAAAGAAGAGCUCGUAUCAAUCGUUGCUUAGACGAAUUGAAAGAUCUCAUGGUUGCUGUACAUCAAUCUGAAGGAGAAAACGUGGCUAAAUUUGAAAAAGCUGAUAUUCUCGAAAUGACAGUUCAUCAUUUGCAAACGUUAAGGGCUGCACAUAGGCUAACGUUAACACCAGAAAACAGUUAUGCCGACAGAUUCCGAGAUGGUUUCACACAGUGCGCGCAAGAAGUUUCGAAAUUCUUGUCAAGUCCGGUUGCAGCUACUGUUCAUCCAAACGUAGGUGCACAACUGAUGAGGCACCUAGGUGGUUGUCUUAGAAGAUUGGAAGGUUGUUCUCCUACAACGACGAAUUCUAAUUCAAUUUCGUCUAAUAAUUCUUCUACCUCACCAAUACCAAGUACCAGCAAGGGUUACAACGAACCUAUGUCAUCCCCUACUACUACUACUAAUACCAGUACUAGUACUGCGACAACACCGUCAACUAUGAUGACUGUUUGUAUACCACAAAAUAUUUAUACACCACCUCACAGUCCAAUAAGCGUUGUCAGUUCUUCUGGGGAAUCCAUUGACUCGACUGGUGCUAUCUGGAGACCUUGGUAAAACAUCUAUCGUUGGGGGAUCAUCGAUCAUCGGAUCAUCGAUCUUCAUUGGUCCCUGAUUUUAAUACGAGACUAUGCAUUCUAGUGGAUUCUUCGUGUGUUAUUCGAAACGAGUAUUCGUUUUUGAAUUACAACAGCAAUAAAUCAACUUUCCUCCUUUAUCGAUGAACUAAAAAUUAUUGUUUAAACGAAAAAUGGGAGGAUAACGACGAAUCAUCGUCUUCCAAAUAUUAUUAUUAUUAUUAUUAUUAUUAUUGUAAUUAUUAUAACAAACGUAUCACAUUGUAAAUACUCUUGGACACAUCGUUACUGUCCAAUUUAUUUCUGUUUUCUUUUAUUUUUUUAUUUUUUUUUUUUUUUAUAAAUUUCUUUAUAUCACGAUGUAACAGUUGCUUUAUCUUUUACUUAGUUAAUAGGUGAUAAAAGCUUUAAAAAGAUGUCUGUGAUAGGGAUCCAUUUUGUACCUGAAAUAUGAUAACUAUUUUUUGUGCUCGCAAAGUAUAUCGAUUAUUAUAUAAUUAUGUUAAUUUGUUAUG